AUGUCUGCCACUCUGCUCCGCAACUCCGUCGCCCGCACCGGCCUUCGUGCUGCUGGCUCCCGCCGCGCUGGUCUCGCCGGCACCAGCUUCGUGCGCACCAAGGCCACCCUUCCCGACCUGGCCUACGACUACGGCGCGCUGGAGCCGGCUGUCUCCGGCAAGAUCAUGGAGCUUCACCACAAGAACCACCACAACACCUACGUUACCUCGUACAACAACUUCUCCGAGCAGCUUGCCGAGGCCAAGGCCAAGGACGAUAUCGCUGCGCAGAUUGCCCUGCAGCCGCUCAUCAACUUCCACGGAGGUGGUCACAUCAACCACACUCUCUUCUGGGAGAACCUCGCACCCAAGUCCCAGGGCGGCGGCGAGCCUCCGUCGGGCGCCCUCUCCAAGGCCAUCAACGACAGCUACGGCAGCUUCGACGCUUUCAAGGAGAAGUUCAACACCGCUCUCGCUGGCAUCCAGGGUAGCGGUUGGGCUUGGUUGGUCCAGGACGUCCAGACCGGCAACAUUGGCAUCAAGACGUACCAGAACCAGGACCCUGUUGUUGGCCAGUUCCGUCCGAUCCUCGGUGUUGAUGCGUGGGAGCACGCCUACUACCUCCAGUACCAGAACAGGAAGGCCGAGUACUUCAAGGCCAUCUGGGAGGUCAUCAACUGGAAGGCGGCCGAGAAGCGCUUCAAGUAA